AACCUAACCGAGUGCUACUCGCGACGGCUAGAGUUAAGGUAUUUAAUUCCACUGGUUGUAAACAAACUAUUAGAGCUUUAAUUGAUCAAGGAAGUAUGAUUUCCUUUAUUACUGAGUCAACUGUUCAAUUACUUGGUCUCAAACGUAGACCUGUAAGUACUUCGGUGUCAAUGCUAGAGGAGUGUAGUUUGAAUACCAAACACAUGGUUUCAUUUCGCGUGGUAUCAUGCCAUGACCCAACAAGUUCAGUCGAAGUUUGUGCUUACGUAUUACAUUCUUUAACUGCUUUGCUUCCAGCUAUCAAGCUUAAAGUGCCUAAAUGGACAGAGAUUGAAGACUUACCUUUAGCGGAUCCUGAGUAUUCAACGCCAGGUAAAGUUGAGAUCCUUCUAGGUGCCGAGGUGUAUGCAGAAAUAUUACUCGAGGGCUUAAUCAAGAAGCGUUCAGAGGCGAGCAAAGGAACCAUGAUAGCUCAAAAUACUAUGCUCGGAUGGAUCGUGUCUGGCCGAGCAGUGAGAGGAUCUGAGACUGAGGUGAGUGCGAGAUUUACUAGUUUGCAUGUUCAUAUUCAGGAAGAUGACUUAUUGAGAAAGUUUUGGGAGAUGGAGAACGAGCCUAAUAUGAUUAAAAAAGACAUGACUAAGAGUGAGCAACAAUGUGAGGAGUUUUUUAACUCGACGACUGUGAGAGAUGACGAUGGUAGGCUUGUAGUAAGACUACCAUUCGCAACUGAGGACCCUAAGUGUCAAUAUGGCAAUUCUAAGGAAAUUGCUAUCAAGAGAUUAGAGAUUUUAGAGAGAAAAUUAAUGAGAGAACCUAAACUUAGAGAAGAGUAUAACAAGGUCAUGGAAGAAUACCUAAGCCUUAAUCACAUGAGGGCAGUAAGUGAGAGAGAGUUAGAGAAUCCGAAGGCUGUGUAUCUUCCUUUCCACGCUGUGAUUAGGGAGGACAAGGAGACGACAAAAUUUAGAAUUGUAUAUAAUGCGUCGAGUAGGGGAGUCAACAAUGUUUCCCUUAACGACGAUCUCCUUGUCGGCCCUAAACUACAACAAGAUUUGAGACACAUUUUAAUGAGAGCUAGGAGUCACAAGAUCUGCCUUGUCGCAGAUAUCAUUAAGAUGUACAGGAUGAUUCGUGUAGUUGAGGAAGACACGGAUUUCCAGAGAAUCGUUUGGCGGUUUAAGUCAGACGGAUCAGAGCCAAUACAACACCACAAGCUAUUGAGAUUGACAUUCGGGACAGCUUGCGCGCCUUAUUUGGCCGUUAAGUCAUUACAAAAGCUUGCAGAGUUAGAAGAGAGUAAGUAUCCAUUAGCUGCGAGAAUAACAAGACAAGACUUUUACAUGGACGACUUAAUUACUGGAGCUGACACUGAGACUGAGGCACUAAAAAUAUUUGAGGAGAUGAAUGAGUUGAUGAGAUCUGGUGGUUUCGAACUUCAAAAAUGGAAUACUAAUUCUACAACUGUACUGGAGAAGAUUGUAGGUAAUAAAGAGGUAUCAGAGCAGACAGUGCACCUAAAACUAAAUAAUACAAUGAAGGUUCUUGGAGUGAGUUGGAACAGAGAUACAGAUAAUUUUGAAUAUACAUUAAAUUUAUCCAAUGUUCAAGAACCUAUUACUAAGAGAAAAGUGUUGUCUGAUGUAGCUAGGUUAUACGAUCCCCUGGGGUGGAUUGCUCCAGUCGUGGUUGUUGCCAAAAUCUUCAUCCAGAAGUUGUGGAAGUCGGGUCUAGAAUGGGAUUGCCCAUUGACAGAAGAGUUGGUGAGAGAGUGGCUGUCGUUCAGAGAGGCAUUGGUAGAUCUUAAGCAGCUGGCUAUACCAAGAUGGCUAAACGCCACGCCGAGCUCAAAGAUCGAAUUGCACGUUUUUGCAGACGCUUCAAAGUCAGCGUUUGCAGCAGCGGUCUACAUGAGAGUGACUGAUGAACUAAAUGGUGUACAUGUACAUCUGAUAACAGCUAAAACAAAAGUAGCCCCGACAGAGAGAGAAAUUUCCAUCCCGAGACUUGAGCUGUGUGCUGCCGCCUUAGCAGCGAAACUUAUAUUUGAAGUUGCACAGGUAAUGGACGUACCUAAAGAGAACCUACACGGUUGGACAGACAGUACAAUAGUUCUAGCCUGGCUCAAAGGAGGAUCAGCUCGUUGGAGUACAUUUGUGAGUAACAGAGUGUCUACGAUCUUGAAUAUACUGGAGUUUGAGCAAUGGAGUCAUGUACCUACUGAGUUUAACGCUGCCGACUGUGCGUCUCGCGGUUUACAACCAAGAGAUUUACUAGACCAUUCAUUGUGGUGGAAUGGUCCGCAAUGGCUAGCCCAACCUGACUUUGAGAAAAACGACAUAAUCAUAGAAGACACACAUGAGGAGGAAAGAGUCGCAUCUUUAACUGUUGUAUCCCAUGUUGAUGAAGAACCCCCAAUCUGGUCGAGGUUUUCUUCAUUGUCGAGACUGUUAAAAGUUAUUUCGUACUGUAGAAGAGUAUUAAAUCUAAAAUUGCCAAAAAACGAGAGAGUUAAAUUACCUAAUUAUGUAACUUCUGAGGAGAUGGAUAAGACUUUGCUUUCGUGUAUUAAUCAAGUUCAAAAAAAAGAGUUUUCACAUGAGAUAAAACAGUUAAAGAGUCGAGGAGUCGUGCCUAAAAAGAGUUGUCUACGCACUCUUUGUCCUUUUUUGGAUGAAAAGGGGACAUUACGAGUUAGCGGUAGAAUAGAACAAUCUGAUGCAAGUUACGAUACGAGACAUCCGGUGAUUAUGCCUGGUAAAAAUCAAUUUACCUCGCUUCUAAUUAUUGAUGCUCAUCAUCGUACUUUGCAUGGCGGUCCUCAAAUAAUGUUAAAUUUUUUAAGAUCCAAAUAUUGGAUAUUGCAAGCGAAGGAUCGUACUAAGAAGGUUUAUAGAGAAUGUGUCACGUGUUUGAGAUAUUCGAGCAAGAAGUCUAUUCCUAUAAUGGGACUUCUACCUGAAGCGAGAAUGAAACCCAGUAAGCCUUUCAAAUCUACGGGGGUAGAUUACUGUGGUCCUAUUAAUAUAAGGUUUUCACCAGGUAGAGGAGCUAAGUCUUUUAAAGGCUAUAUAUGCCUGUUCGUGUGCAUGGUUACCCGGGCAAUACAUCUCGAGGCAGUUACGGAUUUGACAGCCAAGGGUUUCAUUGCUGCAUUCAGGCGUUUUACUGCAAGGAGAGGUUACUGCCAAGACUUGUAUAGUGACAACGGCACUAAUUUUGUUGGUGCUGACAGAGAGAUGAGAGACAUGUUUAACACUGCUAAAUCAUCAUUACCUAAUGAGAUAGCAGCCAUACUUACCUUAGAGCAUACGACUUGGCACUUCAUCCCUGCGCACGCUCCCAAUUUCGGCGGUCUUUGGGAAGCUGGGGUUCGUAGUACAAAAGGGCAUUUGAGGAAGGUAAUAGCGAAUGGCACACUUACCUAUGAGGAAUUAGCGACGGUCCUGGCGCAAGUGGAAUCAUGUUUGAAUUCUCGGCCUUUAUCUGUAUUGAGCGAUGAUCCAAGCGACCCUCUACCAUUGACACCAGGUCACUUUUUGGUAGGUGAACCAUUGAUAAAUAUAGCUGACGAAUAUAAUCCCGAGUGUAAUGUAGUUGGUUUAGAUCGUUGGCGCUUAACGCAAAAAAUUGUAUCUGAUUUUUGGAAACGGUGGUACAAAGAAUAUUUAGUAACCCUUAGUCAAAGAUAUAAAUGGAAUUCUAAUGUUACUACCGAACCUGAGAUUAAUGACGUUGUUAUUUUAAAAGAAGACAAUGUACCUCCUGCUAAAUGGAUUUUAGGCAAGAUCAUUCAAAAACAUACUGGGCCUGACAAUAUAACACGAGUUGUUACCGUUAAAUGUAAAUCAGGAAUCUUGAAGCGCCCAGUUAGUAAAGUGUGUGUAAUAACUAAGUGAUGUUAUACAUAACUAAGUUAUACUUGUACAUAUUAGUUUAGAGUGCCGACUGUGUUAUGUUUGACAUUUUUAUUGUUGUUAUUGUAUAGAUUUUGCUGUGUAAAUAAAGAACUAUGUUCUUGGCGGGCGGAAUGUCCAAAUUAGGCUAAGCAGCGCGAGUGC